AAAGAAUCACAGGACGUGUGAGUGGUGUGAAACAAGCGAUAGUAACAAAUGUUCCGCAACACAGAAAAACACUAGUCUGCUUGUAACUGAGACUGUUCUGAUACAAGGCACAAGGUUACUUGGGAAAAUUGCGUACGUACCUUCCUCGGAGCAGGCCCUCCGAGACCUAACACACACGGGUGUAUUCCACGUAAAAGAUAUAACGAAAAAGCAGCGUGGCAUGAUCUGUAUGGUCAAGCGAUGUACCUAUGGUUACAGCAUUGACCAUUACAUUAUUUCCACGUUAGUGAAAGCAAAGUCUAAAACAGUUGGUCCGUCACCAGUCCUGAGUUGCGCAAGAGAGAUGAUAUGGUUUUUUAUCAGCAAACCGGCUAUUGCUUCCGGUCACGGGGGCAUCAACCAAUUGGGUGGCGUCUUCGUCAACGGUCGUCCUUUACCCAAUCACGUACGGCAACAGAUUGUCCGACUGGCCAAUCAAAACGUCAGACCGUGUGACAUAAGUCGGCAGCUCCGAGUAUCCCAUGGAUGUGUGAGCAAAAUACUUGGGCGAUAUUACGAAACUGGAAGCAUUCGACCGGGAGUGAUUGGCGGCUCGAAACCCAAAGUGGCAACUCCAUCCGUGGUGGAAGCUAUUUGUAAAUACAAAGAAGACAGUCCGACUAUGUUCGCCUGGGAAAUUCGCGACCGACUGCUCAAGGAUCACGUUUGCACUCUGGAGAAUGUUCCAUCGGUAUCAUCUAUCAAUCGAAUUGUGAGAAAUAAGGACAAUCAGAUGGGUUCCAGCACGGACGAGCUUGAGAUUACUGACAAAUCCCAACGAGAAUCACCUGUGCACCAAACCUUUGGGAUCAACGAAAGUGAAGUCAGUCAUAGUGCCAGUCGACCGGAAUCCUUACCAGCUGCCCCUAAAUAUCAGAACGAACAUGUGAUGCACUCAAGAACACAUAAGAAGCAUCCAUGUUUUACAGAAUCAAGGGAAACUGCGAGGACAGCGGGCUUAAUACCCGGAACGACAGAAAGGUAUAAUCGCGAACAAUCAAUAAUCCCACCAUCUGGCCCCAACAAUGCAUGCCCAUCGCCGACAUACACUCAGCAGUGUUUGCACAAUCUGCCGUUCAACUUGGUCGGUCUAAACGCCAGUGAGGGUAGAUUGCUUCGAUCGGUGGACGUAUCUCCGGUCCAAAAUGCGGCUCCAGUCACAAGCGUGGAUAAGACGAAUACAAAAGGAAGCGCGUUUGACAGUGUCCCAAACAGGCCUGUGUCGAUACAUGAUACAGUUACUUCAAUGGUAUCAGGCAUUUGCAGCAACAAGGAGGAUGCCUUAGAUGGACUGCCAUACAUAAUGACUCCAUACCAAUAUAGAACAACUUCACAAAUUGCCCAGCCUAGAAAGUCCACUGACCGCGAACUCAGCCGACUAAUUCAGCAUGGGGAUGCUGCUGUUCAGCAGAGGCCUUCAUUGAACAACCUAGUUGCACUCAGUGAAUUGACCCGAUCUUCUGCAACAACAAUGGCAGCGGAUUACAGUAUCACUGGGCUCUUGGGUUUGUCAAUGGCGGCGACUGAAUGUCUCAAGGAUUUUGGCUACCACCCAAUGCAUCCCGCUAAUCCUUUUUUACACUUAUCUGACCACAAUCGGGAACGCAGAGCUGAAGUAAAUCGGCAUCAACAACAGGAAGGAUCAGUGACCACCGAUCAGGUACAUCGAUGCUCUUACGUUUCCUCACUGGAUUGUCAUUCGAUGCAAACGACUAUCUCAACACCUAACUGCAUGCCACAUCAGCCACCAUUGAAGAGAAGCCCAUCGAACAACUCAUCCUCACAGGUUUCUUCGUCGCCAGCACUGGCUGCACAGCCGUUUGGAACAAGCAAGCUGAGUGCCAGCCGCUUUAUAUCAACUGCUCACCGCACAAAGGCGAACCCUGAAAGCAAAACCGCAAAAAGGAGACUCGCUCCGCAAGCCGAGAUCAGAUAUUUGAACCAACUGCAACAUACAGACUCGAUGUCGGUUACCCUGCCUACCUCAUUGGAGUAUGUACAACCAUUAUCGAACGGAAGUGACCUGGCACAAUCAGAAGUACAGUGCAUUGAAGAUAACAGGCGAGUGAAACAACUGAAUGACUCAAUGAAAUCCAGCACGAUAAACGCGGACACCACUGAGCAAACCACAGAUUUGACCGGCAACAACGAGCGGAGUCCAGGGCACAUUCUCAACGGCUAUAUGGAGUAUGGGAACAUAAGGACUGAGUUAAAUCGGUCUUCUGUUACCAGAAUGCAACAGCCAAAGGAAGCGAUAACUUCUGAGAGUUACGCCUCGCUAGAAUCCAAUGCAAACCAAUUCGACGAAUACAGCACCUCCGAGAUUCCAAUGCAAAACCACAAUGAGGCUUUGCGAUCGAUUCCGUUAGAUCCACCUCCAGCACCUAUCCCCUUCCUGCAGGGAACAUCAUUAUUCCCAUGUGACAAAAAAAGCGAUGGGCGUCUGUACAGAACGACUUUCGAUAGGUCCAUGCAGUCCAGUCCGGCAACGGUUUGUGUGACAGUAACCAACGAACAUUUCAUACGUCCAGACAUCCAAACGUGCGUUAGACAAACAGGAUUCCCUAGCGCUUGCCCUAUCAGAGAGCAGUCAAGGACCGCUUACUCGCCCACCUAUACCAACUUGGACGACAGGCAAAUGGAUACAAUUGGUUUUGGUAUCCACGCUAAUCCAUCGGCGGAGCAUCACUGGCCGGGAUCGAUUUGUCAUAAAUACGCGAUCAUGGAAAACUCUGCCAUAAGCCGAACACGAGGAACACCAGAAUUUCGGUGCCCAUUUCAAUCACUGACGACGGGGAUACCCAGCAAUAGUUUCGCGGAACCAUUUCAGUGCUAUGACGCUCAACUGGAUGUGAACUAAAGGCCUUAAAAUUCAAGGAAAUCGUUUAUGGAGAAAUGAACGCUGGGUGAGGGCUGCGAGCUAACAACUCUGCACUGAUUGGGUGACAGCGGAGGUCAAUAUUAACGCACUGCACCUGUACACAAUAUAUUUGUAUCUAUAUUUUGCUUCAUUUCACAUGUGCAUAC